AACUUCUCUUCCUUCUUGGGAUUGUAAACAAGUUUCUUUACAUUUGCUACUUCGAAGCCUGCAUACGAACGUGGACUGUAUCUGUGUGAGAAGUUGAUUCGACCGGGGAAGUACUAUAUGCAUUGACGGCUAUGGAGGAUGAUUAAAAGCCGAUGACUGAUUUGUUGAAGACAAGUUUAGAUCACGAUGUCAUGAUGGAAUCAUUGUAUCAUCAUGAGGCGAAUGUUCAUGUAGGCUAGCAGUACUACGUUCAAAGUGAAGGCACUUGUCAAUAAAUAUGAAGAGAACUCUCGACUUGGAUAUCAUAUAAAUUCCAAGCAGCACGACAGAAAGACAAUACCACAGGAUACUAAAGGUCAGGUCAUCUUCCCACGACUACGGAGGUGACCAAGCAUGUUGAGGACCGUCAAGAUGAGAACUGCUAUAGCUGUGUUCGGCAUCAUUUCUUUUCUAUCACUGGCAGCACUCAGCAGUGCUAAGACCACGACAGCCUGUCAUGAGGAAAUAUUCUUACUGCAGGGGACCUGCACGUCAACUCAGUACAUACUGAUCCACUCAGUCGAAAGCCAAGAAGUUAGCAGCUGCAAUGAUAACAGCUCGGGUGCUCUGUGGUCAAGAAGUGGUCUCGCAGUUCAUUUUGCCUGGGAGUGGUGUAACCUGCAAAAGGAAAGAUGUACAAAUGGAAAGCUAUCUAACGCUACCUACUUAAGAAUGAAUUAUACUUGCGUUGAUGAGUUGUCUUCGAUACGGCGGUUCAACAUGUGCUCAGAUGUAAGCGUGUUGACAUCAACUCCAGUUUACCUUCAGAGCCCAGGAUAUCCGGCCUAUUAUACCUACACCAACGCAGCAAACUGCACUUGCUCUAUAUCAGUGUCUCAAAACAAAACCGUCGGUGACUUCUGGUUGACACUGUAUGACAUGUUCACCCAGCUGCCCGAGACACUGACUUUGAAAUUGAGUAAUGGUACAAAUAAAAAAUUAACCACUGUUGCCGAUAAUACGGGGUAUAUACUGAAUCAGGAGACAACAAACAUUUCUCCUGCUCUCUCUGUGUCGUUUGUUCCCAGGUUUCCAGGGCAAGGAUACUUUUGGAUCGGAUUAGAAAGUAGAGCUCCCGUAAACAUAGCAAUUACCUGCAAUGAGGGGCUGGGAACUUCACCGACUUUACCACCUACCACACCGACAACGUCGGUGACAGCAAAUAGUACGGCAACGACGGUAACUAAUGAAACAACAACACCGACCACAAAAACAACCACAACUAAUGAAACAGCAACUACGGAGACAACAGCGACGACAACUAAUGAAACAGCAACUACGGAAACAACAGCGACGACAACUAAUGAAACAACAACACCGACCACAAAAACAACCACAACUAAUGAAACAGCAACUACGGAGACAACAGCGACGACAACUAAUGAAACAACAACACCGACCACAACAACAACCACAACUAAUGAGACAGCAACUAUGGUGACAGCAGAGAAGACGUCAAUGACGACAACAGCACAUACGAGCACAGCAACGACAUCAAGAGCAGUAACACCAGCUGCAGUCGGGAUGACGAAAGACGACUUGAAAAUCAUCUACAUUGUGGUACCUACUGCGGUCAUCGCGAUCGUUAUCACCAUUGUUAUCGUUGUCAUAAUCAAGAAGCGGCAGAAAUCAAACCACGCCAAGUUUGAAGACACGGUUAGGUUUAGCGUCCCAGACUACGGGGUGGAGAGCCUGUACGCCAAGGAGAACUUCGCCAUGGAUAUGGUUGACAAGGAAAUCUACGAAUCACAGGAGAGCUUAGGAAAUGGUAGCCUCUCGGGGCCCGUGUCGUCGUACGGAGUGGGUGUUGCCUUCGGAACGUUCAAAGGUGAGAAUGUUCGCCAGAGGUCAAGUGAGGGAGAAGAGAAGGAAAUGCACAGGGGGAUGUUUCCGCUGCCCAAGUCUGUAACAUUUGGUGGGGAGGAUUUAUUGUUAGGGGUAGGGGCUGCAGUGCCCUCUGACGGUGGUGAAGUGAUUUACGCCCAGAUCAACAAACCUAAGAAAAAUAAAAACCCGGAAGAUGACCGAGUUCAGGGUCAGACUUCCAUCCCAAGACCAAGCCAUUCAAAUGAACGCCAAGAUCAGCUAGUGUCUGAUUCAAAUCCGGUUGAAAACGAAACAGACUACUCAUUAGCAGACGAUUUUGAUGACCCGAACAAGUGCAGUGGCGUUGGUUCAAGGUCAAAUGAUGGUGAAGAUGCUGAUGUUGACUAUGCAUAUGCGUACGCACGCAGACGUAGGAGAGGCAACCCGAAACGACGCGAGCCACAAAAAAGUCUACUCAUUUACGACGACAUAGAAAGCGAUGAUUCUGAAUUUGCUGAGUCGGAUAUCGAUGGAGUCUUUCGGGAGGCUAUUAAACCUCAUAUUGAGCGCAACGAUCAUGAAACUGAGUGUGCAGACGGGAUUACAGAUUAUGACGAGCUGGAGUUUGAGGACCAAAAACACAAGAGGCAACUUGACGAUGUUGUACAUGUGCAAAGAACAGAGCUUUAGGAAGGAAGUUUUGGUUUGCAUAAACAAGCAGCAAAGGAUACAGAAGGGAUAAUCUAAAAAAAGGUCGAAACCAGAAUAUAUUACCUUCUUAAGAGA